CUAAGUCACUUUACCAAAACCCAACACAACUUUUACUCUUCACAUCUCUACCACCACAAAUCAUGAAGACAUCUCUGGUCCUCCUUGCCCUCAGUCUGCUGGCUUCUUCAGUUUGGGAAAUCCAUGGGCAUCUCCAAGAGGAUGACCAGGAAGCACACCCGGAAAAGUGCAUGGAGAACAAGCUAUUGGGAACCUGCUGGGUGUGUCAGUGGGCACUGAACAAAGUGAAGGAAUCCAUCUCCACUUCCUCUCGCCAGGAGGAGCUAAAGCGGAAGCUAUUGUCUGUUUGCGAUAAUGUUGGCUUCCUAAAAUCUAUGUGUAAAGGCCUGGUGAAAAAACACUUGCCGGUGCUGAUUGAGGAGCUUAGCACAAGCGAUGAUGUGAGAACCAUCUGUGUUAACAUUAAGGCCUGCAGACCAAAGGAAGUUUUGGACCUGAGCUACUGACCAAGCAGCCAGUAUCCAGAUUCCAAAGUGAGAAGAUGGAUGUUCAGGUGUCAAGACAAUGCUAUGCUGCCAGCCUCUUGCUCUUUCUUUUUCAAACUAGUCACAACACAAGCAUAUAAAUGGAUGAUGAAGUUAUUGGAAUGAUUAUGUUCUGAAAUAAUGUUGUGGGAACAUGUAUUAUAAUUAAGCAAUAAGUCCAGAGGGAGUGUGGUAUUUGGCCAAUUUACCAUGGCUAUGGGCUGUUCUUAUGCACCAUGCAACGUUAUGGUAUAAUGGCCCUAUCCCACAAACCCUCAAGGUGCCUUGAUGCUAUUAUAAACAGGUUACCAACGUAAUUAGAACAGUAAGUUAGUCGUUUUGCGUCAUACCCGUGGUAUAUUGUCUCAUAUACCAUGGCUUUCAGACAAUCAGCAUCCAGGACUCAAAUGAUCCAGUUUAUAAUAGUGUAUGUGUCUGUCUUAAAUUGCAGUACAUUUUGUAUAAUGUACUAAUGUAAACCUUUUGCUACUUUAGUCCCAUAUGUUGAAAAAUGUUUAUGUUUGUUUGUGUGAACUUUUUGUCCAGGAUAAAAAGAAAGGUCAAUUGAUAGAGAGUACAACUCCUUCUUUGACACCGCUAACAUAACUCUAGAAAUGUAUCUAAUUCGAAUUUUUACUGAUUAACAUAUAGUAGAAUUUGUUUUAUGAUAAAGCAUUUAAUUAACUUGUCUAGGAACUCAUGUUGGCAAACUUUUUUGUUUGGAAUCUCAGUUUUCUGUAAAGAAUCUUGAUUGCUUGUUAUGUGGCUUAAAGUAUCUGUCCAGUGUUUCCAGAUUUCUAUGAAAUAUGACUUAUAAUGAAUUACAAUAUGAGURUAAAWGUUUUC